AUGCACCCGUUCGCCUCUUAUGUUCUUCGCAGCUACUAUAAAGCUACAGGAUGGAAUGAAGACAACUUAUAUGCAAACUUAACGCGUUCUUCGAAUGCAAUCCUCGACUUCACUGUGCCCCGUGGGCUUCACUUUUCCGUCUCUAAAUCUCCGAACUCCAUCUUCAGGACAACUUAUUCCAUGACGGCAAUGCCCUCGCUGAGUGGAUCGGUGGGGUACAUAUUCACGUCGUGUGACCUGAACGUCAAAUCGUCAGGAAAUGUUCCCUUCAAGGACAUGAUAGAGCGGUUUAAGGUGUACGAUCAACCUCGGAGACCUGAAGCAAAGGAGGAAGAAUGGUUAGCCGGCGAGAGGACGGAUACUAGAGACUAUCUACUUUAUGGACGGUUUUAUCUCCCUACAGGCCGUCUCGACGCGCUGUACUCGACGAGGGUCUCUCCCACCUUGCAGAUGAUGGUAGCAGCCAUAUCCGACCCACCGUCAGCCGUGUCCCCAGACAUACGCGGCCGGAAGCAGGACUUGAGCAAUGUCAUGGUCAAUAUUCAGCACGAUGUAGGCAAAUGGUGUACGGAAUACACCUGGAGCGCGGAAGAUCAGAUGUGGGGUGUGCGGAUGUUGCAUAAUUUUGGCAAGCUCGGGUUGUCCAGUGAAGUUGUAGACGAUUCGACGUCCUCGAGGCGGAGAGGCCUCAAACGCGUCGACGAAGAAGAUGCGGUGGAAGGUGGUCUGAAAGGACGCGUGUCUGUUGGUGCAGAACUCUAUUUCAGUGCGAAAGAAAGGAGUGCUGGUGUUUCAACUGGAAUCCGCUUCACAACACUCCCAGACGCGACGCCACCUUCCUUCCAAGUACCUGUCCCUUCUUCCUCUCCUCUCCAACCGCGAAGCACGCCCUCGCAACCACCAACAACGAUAACUGCACUUUUCAAUCCGAUGCUAGGGCACAUCUCGGGUGCAUACACGGCGCGGGUCUCGCAGGACCUCGCUCUUUCUUCACGAUUCGAUUUCAACGUCUACAGCUUUGAAAGCGAGUGGACGAUGGGCGCGGAAUGGUGGCUGCGACGGCCCACAGGAUCCUCAUUAGAAAGCGAUUCAGAAACACCAGUACUCCAAAACCAGCCUCCAAACACCCAACAGACUGCUGUCAACGGCGUCGUAAAGGCUAGGGCAUCUACGAACAAUGACGUCUCUCUCAUGUGGGAAGGACGGCUAAAGAAUAUGCUCGUUAGCCUAGGUGUUGUUUCCGAUCUCUCGAGCCGGGCAAAGCCAAUAAAAGCCCUAGGACUUGAAGUUGCAUAUUUCAGCUCGGAAUAA